UCAAGCAUUUUUUUUUGUAAUUUUGGGGCAUUCCAAGAUUGUUGAGAAAGCUUUGGCAACCGAUGCGUGUAAGCCUUCGGAUCACAACGGUGGAACUCGCCCUGGGAGACGAUGGAGACGUGAUCAGCGAUCAACCACCAUCCCAUUCAUCAAUCCUGCUCUGCAAUGCCUAUGCGAGCUGCUCGCUCCCUCCCCUUCCUCCGUCCAUGCAUCAUUUUCUCGCCUUUCUUCUUCCUCAUAAUUCUCGUCAUCUACCAGGUAGAUGACUUCGCCUCCCAAACCAAAACGGUGGUAGGCCACAACUUGAACCCCACGCCUUGGCAUUUAUUCCCACCCAAGACCUUCACCGAGAAAACCAGAUACGCCCGGGUUUCCAAAAUCAUACAAUGCUCCUACCUCACAUGUCGCCGCCGCAGCAUCACCCCCACCACCACCAAAAUACCAGAAUGGCAUACUCGGCAAUCCUCUAAUACAGUUGGGAAAUGCCCCAUGUUCUUCACACGGAUUGGUCAUGAUCUCCAGCCCUGGGUUCGUUCGGGUAUAUCUCAAUCCAGUGUCAUAGAGGCCCAGAAGUUUGCUGCAUUUAGGGUUGUGAUUGUUGGGGGCAAACUGUAUGUGGAUUUUUUCUACGCCUGUGUACAGAGUAGGGCGAUGUUCACGGUUUGGGGUUUGUUGCAACUGCUCAGGAGGUAUCCUGGGACGGUGCCUGAUGUAGAUUUAAUGUUCGACUGCAUGGACAAGCCUACCAUUAGUCGCGAGGAGCAUGGGUCAAAACCUUUGCCUCUGUUUCGGUAUUGCACAACUAUGGAUCACUUUGAUAUUCCUUUUCCUGAUUGGUCUUUCUGGGGUUGGCCAGAGAUUGAUAUAGGACCCUGGGAUGAGGAGUUCAUUGGCAUUAAACAAGGUUCCCAGGUUCUAAAUUGGACACAGAAGUUGAGUUAUGCAUACUGGAAAGGAAACCCUGAUGUUCAGUCUCCUGUUCGUGUAGAUUUACUGCAAUGUAAUAACUCUGACAUAAUUGGAGCACAAAUUAUGCGUCAGGAUUGGGUGGAAGAAGCAAAAAAUGGGUUUAAGGAGUCCAAACUAUCAAACCAGUGCAAUCAUCGGUAUAAAAUCUAUGCUGAAGGCUAUGCUUGGUCCGUGAGCUUGAAAUAUAUCCUGUCAUGUGGUUCUCUUGCCCUAAUCAUAGCCCCGCAAUAUGAAGAGUUCUUCAAUCAUGGUCUCAUAUCAAUGACAAACUAUUGGCCCAUCUCUCGUCUUGAUAUAUGCCCAUCUAUAAAGUUUGCUGUCUCUUGGGGUAAUACACACCAUUCAGAGGCGGAGGCAAUAGGAAAAAGCGGUCAGGACUUGAUGGAGAGUAUGAGCAUGGCUCGGGUUUAUGAUUACAUGUAUCACCUCAUCACAGAGUACUCAAAGCUCCUCCGGUUCAAGCCAGAGCCGCCACCAUCCGCCCACGAAAUUUGUGAAGAAUCCCUGCUUUGCUUCGCAGACCCAACGCAAAGGCAGUGUCUGGAAAGAUCAACCACGUACCCUUCAACCCCACCAUGUACCCUCUAACAAUCCAUCAUUGUGAGAGUUUGGGUGGUUCUGAGUGUAGAAGGAUAAAAUAUAAUUAUUUUAUAAUUUACUGUAUACUUAAGUUAAAUAUAUAAUUAUAGAGGAUAAA